AUGAUUGAACCAGAACUGUGGGGACAAUCUUCAGAAUUUUUAACCUCCUGCCAUAAGAAAAAUAUAAGCAACGUUAAAAACCUUAUCAAAUGGAAAGAAAAUGAAUCAAUUUUUGAGUUUGGAAUGGCUGAUGGCAGCAACUCAAAAAGUGUACUGUUUCCCAUACUACCUGAUAAUUACAAGGAGUUUAUUGGUUCUGAUGUUAGUCGCCGAAUGGUUGAGUACCUAAAAAGAAAUAAUAAUGAUCCCAGGGCAAAUUUUAUUAUUUUUGAUAUUUCGUCUGAGACGAUUCCUGCAGAAUUUGAGAACCGGUUCGAUCACAUUUUCGGGUUUGCUGUAAUGCAUUGGGUUAAAGAUACGCGACAAGCAUUGAAAAAUAUGUAUAAGAUGUUAAAACCUGACGGACAGAUACUUUUAACCUAUGCAGAUGAAACAUCGGCCGACGAAGUAUAUCAAGAUCUCUCCGUGCAUCCGAAAUGGAAAAGAUACGACCACAAGCAGUUGAUAUCACCUUUCUUUAUGACAGAAAAUGCUUUUGAUGAAUAUAGAAAGUUAAUAAGAGAAGCUGGAUUUAAGGAGUCCUACAGUACAACUGAUUACAUAGCGUCUCAGUUGACAGAUGAAAAUAUGUUUAAAGAUUUUUGCCUAAGCGUGAACCCAAUUUUAAGUAUGGUCACCAAUGAAGAAUAUGAAGAGUACAAAGAAGAAUUUAUUUCUCGAAUGAAAAAUAAUAAACUUAACCAUACUAGGAAAAAUUCAUUAACUGGGGAAAUAUCAUGCAACACUAGUUUGACAGUAACAAUAGUUUUACUUGAAAAAUCCUAA